AUGGCAGAGACAAAGCACAGAGACUAUCUUGCUGCGAAGAUCCUCGUUGAGAACCAGCCUGUCACAUACAAGCUACUCUCGAGAGCACUGCAAAUCAACGUCAGUGUCGCUAAAUGGAUGCUCUUCGACUUCCACCAGAACCAGAAUGCGAAGAGGGCGAACUCCAUCCACGCAACGUACCUCAUCUCCGGCACAAAGCGGCCUAUUGACGACACAAACGGCACGAACGACCGAAAAAGCGAAGAUGUUAGCAUGCGCAGCUCUCCCUUCAUGAGCUCCAUGCCCGAGCAAGAGGAACGAGAAGAAAAAGAAGUGCCUAUCAAGAAGUCUACCAUCUUGCUGGUACGAGAGGAGGAGUUUGCGAAGACCCGCGCUGAGUUCUCUGAGGAAGCCUCUAUUCACAUCUACAGCCUGGGGCCCGGACCACUUGAGAAUCUAAACAUACUUGCAUCGUGCAAUCGCGAAGUGAUUGCAAAGCACGCGGACAAGGACCCAUUGGAGCGAUGGCGAGCAUAUGGAUCUAUACACAAUCCACACAUAAAGCGAAGGACGGCUAAAUAUGCACCCCCACCUGCUGCCGCUACUUCGGCCAAAGCAGCCGCAAAGCCUACUGCAAAGCCACCCGUGGCUGCCCAGCUGAGGAAAGAAGUUUCGACAUCCUCACGUAGAGGUAGCGCUUCUGAGGACAACACAUCUGCACGAUCAACACCGCAGCCAGUCGCAGCUCCCAGUACUCUGAAAAGGUCAGAUUCUACUAAGUCUACGGGCACGAGAAACAAGACUGCUGGAGAUAUCUUCAAAUCUUUCGCGAAGGCAAAGGCAAAACCGAAAGAAGCCGCGAAGCCAAACGAAUCAACGCAUGCGCCAGUUGAGGAUGAUCUCAUGCAAGGCAUGUCAGAAGACGAAGGGGAGGAGGAGGAGCCUGAGAUUCAGAUAGAUAUCGCAAAGAUCGAAGCCGCAAAGAAGGCUCGUGAUGAGCGUGCCGAGAAACUGAAAAAGAUGAUGGACGAUGACGAUGAGGAUAUGCCCGACGCUGGCAGUAUAGAAGAGAAGCCGUCUGCAGCACCACCGCCUGAAAAGGCCGAGACGCCCAAAGACGAUGAGGAGCCGAUCGUCAUGGUAGAAAACGGUCGCAGAAGAGGCAAGAGACGUGUCACGAAGAAGAAGACUGUCAAGGACGAAGAAGGGUAUCUUGUCACCAAAGAGGAGGCAGUAUGGGAGUCCUUCUCAGAAGAUGAGCCUGCACCUAAGCGAGCGAAACCAGCACCCAAGCCGGUAGCAGCAGCGAAGGGAAAACCUGCUGGCAAGAAAGGACAAGGAAGCAUUGCUAGUUUCUUCAAGAAAGCAUAA